GAGGAGUGAGUUAGUUGCUCCUCCCGGGACUGUCAGCCGCCAAGUUCCACUCCAUCGAAAGCUCUCGCUCCAACCCUCACACGAGUCUCUAAUGUUACGCUUGGUUCAAAAUCUUCUGCGGAGAAGCGCACCGAAACUCCCUCCUGCACCCUCCAACUCCUCAUUCGAUUCUGUUACAAAUUUUCCCCCCCAAAACACUUUCUCCAACCAUCCUCAUUCGCAGCAGCAAAACUGGUUGCGGCGCCAUUUCUCGACUUCGACGGCUUCGAGCCCUAGCCUCUCGAUAUGGCGGCGAAAGAAGGAGAUGAGCAAGGAAGGUUUGAUCGUCGCCAAGGAGCUCAAGCGGCUCCAAUCGGACUCAUUUCGACUCGACCGCUUCAUACGCUCCCAUGUCUCUCGGUUGCUCAAGUCCGAUCUCGUCUCUGUUCUCGUCGAGUUUCAGAGGCAGAACGAGGUCUUUCUAUCUAUGAAGCUGUAUGAUGAGGUGCGUAAAGAGAUUUGGUAUCGGCCAGACAUGUUCUUUUACCGAGACAUGCUGAUGAUGCUUGCAAGAAACAAAAAGGUGGAUGAAGCAAAGCAGGUUUGGCAAGAUUUAAAGAGUGAAAACGUUCUGUUUGAUCAGCAUACAUAUGGGGACAUUGUUAGAGUGUUUCUUGACAAUGGACUGCCUUCGGAGGCCAUGUACAUAUACAAUGAGAUGACAUCUUCCCCUGACCCCCCACUCUCUCUGCCAUUCCGAGUUAUUUUAAAGGGGCUUCUUCCAUACCCUGAUUUAAGAGAGAAAGUGAAAGAGGACUUCUCGAUGAUUUUUCCUGGUAUGAUCGUGUAUGACCUACCUGAAGACUUGUUUGAGAGUCAUGACAGAAGUACAGAUAGUGAAGAAGAUGAGUAAUAGAAAGCUCCAAUUGAAUGUUUGACGUGAGAGAGACUACUAUCAUAAUUAGAGUAGCAUCUGCAGUAGCCGCAGGCUAUUAGAUGCUUGUGGAGAUUUGAUCUUUGAGGACAAUUAUUCUUGUCCUUUGUCAUGUUUGCCUGCGGAAUAAUGAAAAUGCACUUUUGCCAAAGAUUAAUAUGGAAGCUUACUUUGUGUUCGUGCAUUCCAUGAGAGAAGAUUCUUCGUUCUUAAUAUUAGGUGUAUAUGUAUUCUGAAAAUGACAUCCCAAACCUCUAAUAGGACACAAUUUCUGUUUAGUUCUUUUUUUCCCUUUUGAUGUUUAAAAUCUUGACGACGUGGGAACCUACUUGGAAUUGAUAGAUUCAUUCUUGGAUGGGGGAUCGAUUCAGGUAUGCAUAGUUUGUUUGUUUAUUAUAUGUAUUUUGUAAGUUAAAGAAAAUCAUAGAUGUAAAAUUCAUGAAAAGUAAGGACAUGUUUGCUAUGCUUUCUGAAAAAGCAGUUUAUUGAAGAAUGGGUAUAUAAACGUUUGGUA